AUGAAAAAUUAUUUGGGAAAUAUAUAUAUAUGUAUAUAUAUACACAUUAUGCAUAGUGCCCAAACAAAUGGACUGGACUUUCAGAGGCAGACAGUGCAGACAACAAGCGCAAUCACCAAUGCACAUGCACAAGCCUUGCUCCAACAGUCUAAGUCAGAGGAUUCAGCUGAGCCUGCAGCGUCCAGCCAGCAGAGUGCACUGCCUCAGACUCAGCUGAUGUUGGCCGGGGGACAGAUAGCAGGAUUGACUCUGACUCCGGCACAGCAGCAGUUGUUACUACAGCAGGCCCAGGCUCAGCUUUUGGCUGCAGCCGUCCAGCACUCAGCCAGCCAGCAGAACAGCACCACUGGAGCCAACAUCUCUGCCUCCGCUGCCACGCCCAUCACCCAGAUCCCCCUCUCUCAGCCCAUCCAGAUCACACCUGACCUACAGCAGUUGCAGCAGCUGCAGCAGCAGAAUCUGAACCUGCAACAGUUUGUGCUGGUGCAACCAGGCCACCCCAUCACCACUCAGCUCCAACCCGCACAGUUCAUCAUCUCUCAAACGCCACAGGGCCAGCAGGGUCUGCUGCAAGCCCAAAAUCUUUUAACUCAACUACCUCAAAGCCAAGCCAACCUCCUGCAGACUCAGCCAAGCAUCACCCUCGCCACACAGCCAGCAACACCGACUCGCACAAUAGCAGCUACCCCUAUCCAGCCCCUGUCCCACACCCAGACGACACCAAAGCGCAUGGACACUCCCAGUCUGGAGGAGCCCAGUGACCUGGAGGAACUGGAGCAGUUCGCAAAGACCUUCAAACAGAGGAGGAUCAAGCUGGGCUUCACCCAGGGGGAUGUUGGCCUUGCAAUGGGAAAGCUUUACGGAAACGACUUCAGCCAAACCACAAUAUCUCGCUUCGAGGCCUUGAACCUGAGCUUUAAAAACAUGUGCAAGCUAAAACCUCUACUGGAGAAAUGGCUUAACGAUGCAGAGAACCAGACGUCUGAUCAGGCCCUCUCCAGCCCUAGCUCCCUGGGCUCUCCUGGGCUGGGCAUGGAGGGGCUGAACCGCCGCCGCAAGAAGAGGACCAGCAUUGAGACCAACAUCCGAGUGGCCUUAGAAAAGAGCUUUCUAGAGAAGCAAAAACCUACCUCUGAGGAGAUCACCAUGAUCGCGGAUCAGCUGAACAUGGAGAAGGAGGUGAUCCGUGUGUGGUUCUGUAACCGACGGCAGAAGGAGAAGAGGAUCAACCCGCCCAGCAGUGGCAGCGCUGUCACCACGCCCAUCAAAGCAAUCUUCUCCCCCUCCAGUCCCUUGGUGCCCAGUACAGGUAGCCUUGUGACCAGUAACACACCGACCACAUUGACUGUAAACCCAGUUAUGCCUCUCACCAGCACCAGUGUCUCCAGUCUCGGGUUCACUGGCACAACCAUCAGCUCGGCGACCACAAACACGGCAUCGGUCAUCUCCACGGCGCCCAUGGUAACAACAGCAACAUCGUCGCCGUCCCGAAGCCCGUCACCAACGGCGCUACAGUCGUCCACGACGGCCGAGACGGCGCCGGGACACGAGCAGGUGACGGCGACAACGGUGACGCAUGCCCCUUCCUCGCUGGCCCAGGCAGCGCUGGGUACGGGUCAGGUGAUGGUGGCAGCACCGGGGCUCUCCGCCGCUCUACAGGGCGCUGCCCAGCUACCAACCAGCGCCAGCAUCGCUGCCAUGGCCGCAGCUGCUGGCCUCAACCCAGGCCUCAUGGCGUCAUCACAGUUCACGCCAGGGGGGGCGUUGCUAAGCCUGGCUCCGGGGGGUCUGGGGAGUGCUUUGAGUCCCGCGCUGAUGAGCAACAGCACCUUGGCCACUAUCCAAGCUCUGGCAUCCAGCGGGACUCUACCAAUCACAUCUCUGGAUGGCAGCGGGAAUCUGCUGUUUGCCAACGCCAGCGCCGGCAGCACGCCAAACCUGGUGACGGCUCCUCUCUUCCUCAACCCCCAGAACCUGUCUCUGCUCACCAGUAACCCAGUCAGCCUGGUGUCUGCCGGAGGGGCGGGAGCCGCGGGAGCCCUCAACCUGCAGGUCGCCGCAGACACCCACCAGAACGCCGUCACCACGGCAACGGUGCCGGCCUCGACCAUCACCACGGCGUCCAAGGCCCAGUGAAG